UAAGGAAUAUUUCUAAAAUGAGACCGUAUACUUUGGUAUAACUCUCAGUGUCAGACGCCGUCACACUGAGGGCUAAAUCUUGUUUGUAAAUUUUGAGUAAAAUCGUAAAACCCGUAAAUCCCGUGUCGAACAAAACGCUAAGCAGUCCUGUUAAAGCAUCAUCGGCAGCCGGUGCUACCCUAACAUUACAGAUGUCCUACUUUGGCGUCUACAUUCCGCCGUCCAAGGCUGGCUUUGAGGGCACCGCGUCACAGUGUGCGGGCUCCAUAGCGGCGAUGAAUAUCAAGCCAGGCCCAGAGUCGUCGUCGGCCACAAGCAACAGCACGACAGUCACAGCGACAGCAGCAUCGUCAAGCGCAACAGAUAAUCUCAACGUGGACAACUAUGAGGAUCCCGAAUAUCCACCCGACUCGCCCCUGUGGCUGAUCUUUACCGAAAAAGCCAGGGCGUUGGAAGUGCUGCGACACUACAAGGAUGCCCGCCUGCGUGAGUUCCCCAAUCGCGAGCAGGCAGAAAGUUACGUGCAGUUUGGAUUCGAGAGCAUCGAGUCGUUGAACCGAUUUGGCUGGGCCAAGCCAGUGAGCAAGCCCCUGGCGAUGAGCAACAACUUUAAGCCGUCGUCAUCGGGAUCGACGGACGGUCCGUACUCCACCUCGCCCCCUGCCACCUCCACCGCCACCUCCAGCAACAGCAGCGGCAGCAGCAGCAGCAGCAGCUGCAUCAGUAGCCUGGCCGCCUCCAUGUCGAAUCUGCUGAUUGUGAAUCCUCCAAUAUCGACGCUACCCAGCAUUUCCAUCAACAUAAGCAGCAACAAAAGUGCCACCAGUGUGCCGAUCAGCGGCAGUUCCAGCGGAAGCAGCACUACCACAAACAGCGGCAGCAGCACUGGCUCUGGGAUUGCGACUGGGACUGGGGCCAAACACGAGACAGCAGGAGCUAGCGGUUCCAGCAGUGAGCGUCCACCAUUCCGGGCUCCCACCAAGCAGGAGCUUGUCGAGUUCCGCAAACAAAUCGAGGCUGGGAACAUCGAGCGGCUGCAGCGAAUUGUCUGGGAGAACCCCCGUUUUCUCAUCAGCAACGGGGACACCCCCACCAGCCUGAAGGAGGGCUGUCGCUACAAUGCCAUGCACAUUUGUGCGCAGUUCAAUCAGGCGCGUGCAGCCGAAGCGAUUUUGAAGAUCGUCACCAAUCGCGAGUUCACAUUUCAAUAUGCCGGAAAAAAGGCCAGCGCGGAGAUGUGCGCCAUGCUAAACGACAACCUGCUCGACUACUAUUUGAAUAUGCCCGACAAGGCGCGCGGUGAAACGCCCUUACAUUUUGCGGUGAAGAAUGGCCACGUGGCCGUCGUGGAGGUCCUCCUUUCGUAUCCACAAUGCAAGUCGCUGUCCAACUUGGAGGGCAAAGAGCCGAAAGAAAUCAUUUGUCUGCGCUCACCGCACGCCCCUCCCGCGGUUGUCAACAAGCUGGAGCUGCUAUUGGGAGACCCACACUAUGUGCCCGUGCUGAGGUCCGUCGCGAAUGAGGUGCCGCCACAGGUGGGCCAGCCCUUUACGCCCAGCGAACCGCCGAACUUGCAGCAAAAAACAAGGGACUGCGAGGGCCUCACCAUGGACCUUACCAUCAGCGCAGUGGCGGGACCCAUGCCCCGCGAAAAGGCCAUGACAUUCUAUCGUCGCUGGAAGACGCCGCCUCGCAUUGCCUGCAAUAAUUUGAGUCCAUUGGCCUUCUCGCCGUUUGCAUCGCCGGCGAGGGUGACGCCUAACAAGUCCGUCUUCAAUCGCAGCCCGAAUGGCAAUGGGGGAGCAGAUUUGUGUCUGUCAUCGACACCCGUGGGUCGGCGGGCGCUCUUCAGCCCGAAGGCAGAGGCCAGCUGCUCGCCGAAGCCUUUGUUCCUGAACGGCAAAGAUUGCGAGAACAACAAUAACAACAACAGCAAACCGAUGGGGCCACCGAUUGAGAUACCAGUGACACCGAUGCGUCUGAACAGACCGGAUCUAUUUUUGGCCUAUCGCGGGGACGUCCAGUCCUCGCCCUGUAAUAGCACAUGGCUCGGCGACGAAACCAUCGAUAUAGAUGUGAGCUCGCAGUCAUGCAUGAACGAUAGCUUGCGUGAGCGUCACAUCAAGAACUCGGACAUCGAGAAGGGCCUAGAGAUGGUGGGCAGACAGCUGGCACGCCUGGAGAAUCUCGAGUGGCGCGAGUACUGGGACUUUCUCGACGCGUUCGUUGACAUCUCCAGCGAGAGUGGCCUGCAGCAACUGGAGGGCUAUCUGCAGCAGAAGGCGGAGCAGGCCCAGGCCGAGAGGUCCGAUCCAAUGUAUUUUGAGGCACAGAUUGACGAGUAUUUGGAUAUGGUAAUCGCGGAUCAUCAUCAGAAUCAGCAUCAAAGGCAUGGCAAGGGCCAGGCUGUGGCGGCAUCCGCUGCUGGUUCUGGUUCUGGCUCGGGCUCGGGCUCGGGCUCGGGCUCUGGUCCCAGCCCCACCACCCAGGUGAUGACGCCAUACACAUGCGUGGAGAACUCUCUGCAGGUGUUCGCCAAGCGCAUCACCAAGACCCUCAUGAACAACAUCGGCAACAUGGUGUCGAUCAACGACACCCUGCUCUGUGAGCUUAAAAGACUGAAAUCGCUGAUCGUCAGCUUCAAGGAUGACGCCCGAUUCAUCAGCGUUAACUUCACCAAGGUCCACUCCCGCAUUGCCCAUCUGGUGGCCAGCUAUGUGGCCAAUUCGCAGGAGGUCAAUGUAGCCAUUCUCAUUCAGCUUCUCCAGAUGCUGCGCCGUCUCCUCCAGCUGCACGACGACCGUCGCGAUCAUCUGGGCUGCGUCUGUGGCAGCCUGGUGCUGAUGCUCGAACAGGCUCCGGUCCAUGCCGCCCAGCCGCCCGAUGCCCUCAAGACCGAGAGUCUUUGUUCGGCCGCCUGGAAUACGGAGCAAUCGUGCCCCUGUAUUUGGGAUGCGAAUCUCAGUCGAAAGACCAGUCGACGAAAGCGCACGGAAUCGAUGAAGCGUGCAGCACAGGCCUCCCAGGCCUCCCAGGCCUGCCAGGCCCAGGACUCCCCAGCACCGGGUUCUCCAACAGCCACAGCCACAGCGGCAGCGGCUGCCAUCGUUUUGCGUUCCAAAGUCGAGGAAUGGCCCUGGCAAUUUCGUUCACGCCGCAGCCGCCCAAACAGCGACAACGACGACGAUGAGGACAACAAUGGGGAGGCUUUCUUUUACGAUUGCAGUAAUGUGCAGCAACAGGACAGCAGUAGUGAUGACGAGGAGCUGUUUCGCACUCCGCCGGAGAGCAUGUCACCGCGUACAUCCGUCUCUCCGGAGCCUACAAGCCUACACUACAAACUCUUUAUCUUUGGUAAUGAGCCAACCAAGCGUGAUUUGGAUAUCCUCAAUGCCAUUUUCCAUGUGGAUGUGGAGAAGGAGACACUGCCGCACGUGCACGCCUGGAAGACGGCCAUGGAGAGCUACUCCGCAGUUGAAAUGGAUCUUUUCCCAUCGCCAACAAAUGUUCAGAAGACGCACAAGCCCAUCCUGUGGACCGGCUCCGGCCCCUCCAAGACUUCGGAGGGCAGCGGCACCAUUAGCACCAAACACAGCCAAAGCUCGAUUCAUCCCAAACGCCUGUUUUCUACACCCAAACUCAAUGCGGUGUCAUCGUUCGGACGUCGUGGGUCUGGCCCGGCAGCGGCACCAUCGACGCCGCCAAAGCCAGCGCGUUUACCACGUUCCCCCGGCCAGUCGAAUGGCAUAGAUGUUAGCGUAGCGAAGGAUGUGCCAGUAAGCACGCCAGUCGAGAUAACCGCAUCAGCCGUGUCCCCAAUGCCCGCAUUUGCAGCGGCCGCAGCGGCAACCGUCUCGCAGUCAUUCCAAACGCCACUCAACAAGAUGCGCGGUCUGUUCAGCAAGUACCGCGAGAGUAGGACCACCAUUGAUGAUUCGCCGAUCGUCAAUAUCAAUGGGCAGCAGCCACGCAGAUCAUCGCUGACCCUGGGGAACAGCAGUGAUUAGGAGAUGUCACACAGCCCCCAGACAACACCAUACCACAGCACACCACACACCACACCACACUGUCCACAGUUAUUUUUGGUUUUUUUUUUGUGUUAUGUUGCAGACGUUCGUUCGUUGAGGUCCAGUCCCAAAUUCAUGUAUUCAUAUAUUAAAUUGUCAGCACACCACAAACCACACACCACACACCACACCACACUGUCCCCAGUUCUUUUUGGUUUUUUUUGUGUUAUGUUGCAGACGUUCGUCCGUUGAGGUCCAGUCCCAAAUUCAUGUAUUCAUAUAUUAAAUUGUCGUUUUAAAAGAGAGUUUGUGUUCAAGUGUAAGCUAUGUUGAAUUAAUUAUCGUAUAUAUUUAUACCUUUUAUAUACCCGUCUAUGAAACGUCUAUGAUGAAGCAAAGCACGAAGCAGAAUGAAAUCAAGUGGCAAGUGAAAGAAACUAGACUUAUAUUUACUUUUUUUUGUUAAAAUUACUGUAAAGAACAUAAGCAUAAUUUAAUUAUAAACAACAUAAUCAACAGUAUAGUAUUCGUUA